AUGGAAAUUAAACACUGCUGCCAUGAGCAUCCAUUGAUCCUCUCUGAAACACAAUGUGACAACAUAGUUUGUGAUGGAUGUUUUAAAGACUUCUCAGGUCAAACUUACAGUUGUAAUCAGUGCAGUUUUUUCCUUCAUAGAUCCUGCUCCCAGCUUCCAUCAGAGAUUAAAUGCUUCCUUCAUCGAUGUUCUCUUACUCUGCAACUAGGAUCCCAUGGCAAGGAUAUUAUUAAUUGCUAUGGCUGCCGGAAAAUUCACAAGGGCUUCUACUACCAUUGUCGCCCGUGCCAAUUCACUCUCGGUGCUGAAUGUGCCCUGCAACCACCUCUCAUACCUGCUGAAUGUGCCCUGCAACCCCAACCCGGGCCUGAUGAUCCACUGCAGAUUCUUCAUUUUUGCCAUGAGCAUCCACUAGCACUUAUCCAGAAUUUUUUUAAUCAAAUUGGUUGCGAGGUAUGUAGACUUCCCUGCUCAGAUAUGGAAAGCUGGGGUUGCGAAGAAUGCAACAUGUUCUUUCAUAACUCUUGCAUAGACAAGUUACCGCAAAAGCUGCAUCACUUUUUCCAUCCAUGUCUUCUUGUUCUGGUCUCAACCAUGUCUGAUUUCACUUGCUCUGUUUGUCAUAAUCCACACUCCGGUUUGAGAUUCAGAUGUGGGGAUUGUGAGUUCAACCUGGAUGUUGAAUGUGCUUUGCUAUCAACCAUGAAAGACCAAGGGGUAGAGCAGAUAGAGCAUUUUAGCCAUGGACAUCCCCUGAAAUUCCAUAACAGUGUUGAGGAAUAUGGCAGAGCAAGAGGAUUUUUUCCUGCCUGCAGUGUUUGUGGUCUGGAAUUCGAUUCGGGUUCUUUCUAUUUUUGUGAGAGAUGCCACUUUUAUAUGCAUAACACCUGUCAUGAAUUUGCAAUAGCAGGGAAAAUAUCAUGUUCUAAAUUGCCAAGACAAAUCAAGCAUCCAUCUCAUCCUAUCCACCCUCUUACUAUCCAAGUCCUUACCAAUUAUAUUUCAUCGCCUAUGUGGCCUCCACUUUGUGCUGUUUGUGAGGAAGAGACAAGAGGCUUCUUCUACGGCUGCUCCACAUGUCGGCUUUCUCUGCACAUUGGAUGUGCUACCUUAAAGCCAUCUGUUAAAUUUGGUGAUCAUGGCCACCUGCUAAUUUUGUUUCAGGACACAAGAAUGCAACGCUUCUGUGAAAUUUGUAGGAGGCAAUGCAAUGGAUUCCACCUCCUGUGUGUUGAGUGCCGGAUCAAUUUCCAUCUUCACUGUCAUCCCUCAAUGCCUCGUAUCAUUAAACACAGAUGUCAUGUGGAUCCUUUGAGUUUCACUGAACUGCCUGUCCCCGAUGAUUUGAAGCCUGAUGAUGAAUUUUACUGUGAUGUAUGUGAGAGUUUAAGAGACCCAAAGGACCCUGUAUAUUACUGUGCGGAAUGUGAUUUUGUUGCUCAUGUUGACUGUGUCAUUUCAGAGGUGUUGCCCCAAAUCAUGGAGAAUGCAAGUGCUACCGAGGAGAUGGGAGAUCACAUUCUUGCAGGACUGGACAAAGAGACCUGGCAAUUUCGAGCAUGGGAAGAGGGAAAAAAGAAGCUUUUAAAGUCCAUGGAAGAUGAAAGACAAUAUCUUGAAGAGAAAAAAAGAGUAAUAGAAGAAGAACUAGUGUGGAAUGCACUAUUUGCAGAGAUAAUAAACCAAUAUAUAGAGUAUCAAACAAGAAAUUUGAAGGAACUUGAGGAUGAACGUCGAAAACACAUUACAUCUACGGCAUCAAGUGUGAAGAACAAACGUCCAGUGACACAGGAGUCUGGUGGGAAGAAAGACUUAAAUUCAUCUCAGAGUCUGCGACAAGCUGACCCCAGAUUAAGGAUUUUGGUUGAUCUAUAUAGAGCUGCCGCCAUAGAAGAAAUAAAAGCUUUGCAGAAUUUCAUGAAAGGAAAUUCAUAGGUACUAUGAAUGUUUCAUUCAUAAAUUGUGUUUGGCGACCAACCAUUGACAUGAAAAUAAUGUCUUUGCCGAAAGAUUGUUUUUGUUUUAAGUUAUAUUGAAGGGUUGAGAAUUUUGCUAUCAACCAAAGGAGAUUUAUUUUAUUUAAGCUUAUGUUUUAUAUCAUUUGGUUUUUAAAUUGUAGUGAGCUUGUGUUAAUGUAUAAUGUUGUUUUGGUA